AUGGCGCUCUACGACAAAUCCCCCAAUGUCUCGCACACGGGCGGCGACAUCAUGUACGAGCAGGAUGCCCACGAGAUGCACGAUGUGUACAAGUCGACGGCGACGGAUCAGAGAGACAUGAUACGCAUGAACAAGCCUCAACAACUGAGGCGAAACUUUCGAUUUACGACCAUGUUCGGCUUCAGUGUCAUUCUUAUGGCCUCGUGGGAAGUCAUUCUUGCUACCGCGCCUCUCGGCCUGUUGAACGGCGGUACUGCUGGCCUGCUCUACACGAACUUGGCUACUUGGCUCGGCUUCAUCUGCGUCUACGCAUCGCUCGGCGAGCAGGGCAGCAUGGCUCCGACCUCUGGCGGUCAAUACCAUUGGGUUUCAGAAUUUUCGCCCCGGAGCUGUCAGAAGUUCCUGAGCUACCAGGUUGGCUGGCUCGGCGUGUUGGGCUGGCAGGUGGGCGUUGCGUUUGCGAGCUAUCUUGCGGCUACUGAGAUACAAGGUCUUAUCAUUCUGAACCACCCGGACACGUACGUUCCGCAAAGAUGGCACGGGACCCUAAUGCAAAUCCUCCUACUGGUGCUGUGUGUCCUCUUCAACACAUUUCUUGCCCAGCGGCUUCACCUCGUCGAAGGCUGUGCCCUUGCCCUCCACAUUUGCGGCUUCUUCGGCAUCUUGAUUCCUCUGUGGGUGCUCUCGCCGACCGCAAACUCGCACGACGUCUGGACAACUUUCUCCAACACCCCUGGCUGGCCCACCACCGGCUUGUCUUGCAUGGUCGGAACAGUGGCUAGUGUAGCUCCCCUGCUCGGAGCAGACGCUGCCGCACACAUGGCAGAAGAGCUUCAAGAUGCAUCCUAUACCCUGCCUCGGAUCUUGACCUGGGCCACAACUAUCAACGGCGGCCUGAUGUUCAUCAUGUGCAUCACCUUUUGCUACACCAUGGGCGACCCUUCGGUCCUCGACUCGCCGACUGGCUAUCCGUUCAUUCAGCUGUUCUACAACUCCACGGGUUCCUACGCGGCCGCCAACGCAAUGACAGCUAUCAUCAUCAUCCUCAGCUUCUUUACCGCUAUCACAAUCACCGCCGGCAGCAGUCGACAGCUCUUCGCCUUCGCCCGCGACGGCGCUAUGCCCUUCUCAUCUUGGAUCGCCAAAGUACGUCCAGGCUGGGAUGUACCUGUCAACGCUAUCCUGGUCAUCUUUGGCGUUGCCGUAUUGCUGUCGCUCAUCAACAUCGGCAGCGCUCUGGCGUUCAGCAUCAUCACCUCCCUCGGCACCGGCACUCUUACGCUCUCGUACAUCGUUACGAUUGCCAUCGUGACGUGGCGGAAGAUCACUGGACAGCAACUUCUGCCAUCGAGAUUCAACAUGGGGAAGACUUUUGGUUUGCUCGUCAAUCUGAUUGCUUUGGGCUGGAUGGUUGUCGUUUUGAUCUUCUGCUUCUUCCCACUGUUCCCUGACCCGCUUCCGGCGGAUAUGAACUGGGCUGUGGUGGUCUGGGGUGGGGUUAUUCUCUUUAGUAUGUUCUACUACAUCGUUUGGGGACGGAAGAAGUACGAUGGGCCGGUGGAGUAUGUGAGGAAGUUGGAUUAG